GCAGGGCUGCGGCGAGGAUGGCUGGGAGGGCGGGCACACAUGGCAGAGCGGCGGCCGGGCGGGCCCAGCGCGGCUCCUCCAACCUCUUCUCCAUGUUCGAGCAGUCGCAGAUCCAGGAGUUCAAGGAGGCUUUCAGCUGCAUCGACCAGAACCGGGAUGGGAUCAUCUCCAAGGCAGACCUGAAGGAGACCUACGCGCAGCUGGGGAAGACAAACGUGAGCGACGAGGAGCUGGAGGAGAUGCUGAAGGAGGGGAAGGGGUCCCUUAACUUCACUGUCUUCCUGACACUCUUCAGGGAGAAGCUGAGUGGCACUGACCCCGAGGAGUCCAUUCUCAACGCCUUCAAGCUCUUUGACCCCACCGGCACCGGCACUGUGAACAAGGAUGAGUUUAGGCAGCUCCUCCUGACCCAGGCGGACAAGUUCUCCCCGGAGGAGGUGGAGCAGAUGUUUGCGGUGACACCCAUCGACAUCUCAGGGGACAUAGACUACAAGUCUCUGUGCUACAUCAUCACCCACGGGGACGAGAAGGAGGACUGAGGGGACAGCAAGUCCCCAACCCACCGCUGCUUGCUCUAGCCAAAUAAAUCACCAAACGAGGGGAUGU